UUCAAUGAUCAGUUUUGCAAUCUGUUUGAUGGGUUUAUUUUAGGGUAUUCUUGUGUUCGUAUUACCUGGUGACGGGGGCACAGGUGCAACGACUGUGGUCUCCCCUAUGUUUUAUGGUUCGCUAACAAAGCUCACAUUUUGACCGUCAUCUUUGUCGGUCGCUUGGCAAAUGUUGCGCCUCAGCGCGCUCAGGUGUGACUCAUAUAGACAUGGCUAACACCCGAUACCGCCGCCGAGUAUUAUGGCUAACCUUUUUAUUUUGACCGGUUCAACACGUCUGCUGCGGUUGAUAUAGUCGUUGCUGCUACUACUGCCACUGCUGCUGCAGCUGUAGCUAUUGAUAACGUCGGUAAUUCUAAGCUGCCUUUGACGAGUUUGCUCAACAAGUUGCAUAUUGUUGGCAUUUGCCGAUUUGGCUUCGGCUCAGCUGUGCCAGUUUUUAUGAUAGUUGUUGUUGCUGUUGUUGCUGCUGUUGCUGUCGUUCCUCGUCCCAGUCAAGAGAUCGGCAAACACACAACCGGUUUAAAGUGGUGCACCAUAUCGUUAUAAAACUGUACGAAGCAUACAAAAAAGCCAUCUUGAGGAAAUAAUUUGCAUUUGAGGAACGACAACGACAGUAAAAAAGAUCUCUGGCUGAUCCAAUUUGUAUAUCUCUACAGCUCUAUGGUGUUCAAGUGUGUCUGUGUGUUGCGUGGCUAAUUGCAGCGACAGCCACUUAAGUGGCUCAUCUAGCUGCAGGCCUCACCUUGCCUCGGUUCAAGUUCAACUCAGCUACCGGUUCAUGGCCAAUUAGAGCUCGAAGCUCAAAAGAAGCUGCCCGACAGAGCCAGUGGCAGUGGGCAUAAAUUAUCGACGUCAUUCGUACAAUACAUUAGUAGAAGCGCAAAUAUCAAAUCCCCCGUUGCAUGCCGACCAACAAACAGCUGAGCGAUGAGCCCGAGCCUGUGCCCGCGGCGGGGCCUCUUCUGGCUUUGGCUGCUGACCCUGGGGCUCCUCGUACUGGCGGUCAGUGGCAGCCGCGAGUCCCAGUUGCGCAUUGGCAAAGCCAUUAACAUCUUCCUACGAUACGGCUAUCUGGGCAUAUCGAUGCGCGUGAUACCCCUGAACGACAGUGCCGAAGGCGAGCGCUGGAUAUUCAAGGAACCAACUCGCAAUAUAUAUAAGAACAUGAGUGAGCUGUCAGAGAGCCAGGAGUAUACGGCGCCAGGCAUAUUCCAUGGGGACUUCCACAUGGAGUUCUGCGAUAAUCGCCGCCAACUGUUUCAGGCGUAUUUCCGUGACUUUACCAUUGAGCGUUUGGACAAGCCCUGGGAGGCCUUUACGGGCGGCUGGUUUCCAGAUAAUGCGGCCAAGAAGUUGGGCAUCAACACGUCCUUCAUAGUGGGCGACUACUCCUAUGUGCUAGUCCGCGUCGUACGUUUCCGUGAGACGGGCAAACUUAACUCCGAGAUUCCAAUCAAUCAGCCGCUGGAAGCGGAUGUGCGAACUCGCGUCCAACAGCUGCAGGUCGGCAACCUGACAUCGGCUGUGCGCUUUAUGGAGUCCUUCGGCACGCACUACGUUAACUCCUACACGACGGGGAACUCGCUGUACCAGGUGUUCGUGUAUAGUCGCAAGAACUACAAAAUGAUCAAGGAGCGUAUCAAGAGCAAAGGCCUCAAUGGCCUCUCCAAGCUCGAUCUAUACAACUAUUUUGCGCCAUGGUUCGCUGAGCACCUCGGCCAGAUCCGUUCGGCCAGUGCCAAUGCCACCGUCGAGCGCUGGGCUCGGCGCAAGCUGCAAUACGAGUACUACGUGGUCAAGUAUGUGACCCUGCUCAAGUUACAUGGAAACAGUACGCUGUUGAGGUCGCUGGACAGUCUGCUGGGCAACGAUGCCAUCUUGCAGCUGGACUUGAAGGCAGUUAACGUUGUGUUCAGGGAUCAUCCGCAGAAGGAGAGCUGGUUCCACGAAGUGCUCGACAACAACAUGAAACUGUGGGAGCUCAACCUGCCACUCAAUCAUCCAAGUCGAUAGCCCGAAUUGGACCAACGCUUAGUUACUUUAAAGUUCCUCAAUGCAUGUUGUGCACGAAGAUGGCGCCGAAGGAGCUGCUGACGGCAUGUAUCCAUGUG